AUGUCGCAGAUACCUUGGAAUCGCGUUAGCAUCGAUACCCUCCGGGCGGUCAUGGACGACCUCGGCCUCGCAGCCUACACCUCAACCGCCUCCUCACACGAGCUCGUCAAGCUCAUCCGAAAGGUCGAGACGGACGGAGUCGACGCCGUCGCCAACCACCUAAACAGCCUGCACGGCCCCUCGCGGCCCUCCGCCGCCGCCCACGCGUCCAUCUCCAUCUCCAACCCCGCGGACGACCUCGACCCCGAGUCCGACCGCGUCGCACCCCCGCCCGUCUACGCGGCGAUUAACGCGGAGUACCGCGCGAUGGGCACGUACCGCGGGCCACGGCGCACGGACCAGGUGUUCGACGGGGUGUACAUCGAGACGCGCCCGGAGCCGGCGCGCAAGGCGGCGGCGAGGGACUGGGAGUUCAGCAAGGAGUUCUUGGGGCCCAAGUCCGCGGUGCAGACGGAGUGGUCGAGACGGGUGGACAGGAUCGGGCUGGGGAGCAUGUCGACGCGGGGGCGGGCGACGGAGCUUCGGGGUGGGUGA